AUGUUUGAGCGCAGAACAAAUUGGAAUUUUUUCUCUUUUACAAACAUUUUCUUAUACUUCUUUUUCUUGCUUUUACUUCCUGUUCUUUCGUCUUUAUUUGCAUCAUAUUUAUUCGUUUUUAUUCAUUCUCCUAGUUUCUUUUCUCACAUCUUUUUUCCUUAUAUUUCUUCUUUUUUCUUCUUAUUCUCACAUUUUUAUUUUUGUCUCUAUACUGUUCAUACUUUCUUUUUUCUCUUCGUUGUAUUUAUUAUUUUUAUUAUUUUUUGUCAUAUUUUCUUUUCAUCUCAUAUUUUCUUUUUAUCUCUCUUUUUCACUAAUAUACCCUCAUAUUCCUUUCCUUUUUUCUUUUUAUAUAUUGUCUUUUUUCUUGUACUUACAUUUUUUUUUUGUUUUUCUUCCUUUUCAUUCACUUCCACGUUUUCUUUCCUCUCAUUAUUUUUGGAAUUGUUUCCCUUCUUAAUUUUUCUAUUUUUUUUUUUUAUUUUCUUUGUAUGUUCUCUACUUCUUCAUUUUUCCCUUUCUUUCUUUUUCUUAUAUUUUUCUUUCCUGGUAUUUAUUUUUUCAUAUGUUCUUUCCUUUUUUCUUCAUCAUGUUUUUUCUCGUAUCAUUCAUAUCCUUUUUCUUUAUAUUUCAUCCUUUCUUGUAUUUUUCUCUUUCCUUUUCCUAUAUUAUUUUUUUCCUUUUCCUUAA